GGAUGUGAAGAGUUACGUCCCAUUGGUUCAUGUCGGGAGUCCAAGGUUCGGAUCACGCUAGGGACAAGUUGAAAGUCACAUUUCUUUAGGACCUUCACAUUUCUGUAGGACCUUCACAUUUCUGUUGGACGUUCACAUUUCUGUAGGACCUUCACAUUUCUGUAUCAAAGUUGAGUGACGUCACCAUGUAUGUAGAGAUGACCUACUUGUCCGUGCUGACGUCACUGGUCACCGGAAGCAGCGUGACGGACGUGACGCGGCCAUCGAGCGGCGGGCCAUGCUACUGUCUGCAGCAGAUGGCCCGUGGCCUGUACAGCCCAGUCUCGGCCACCUUCUACAGGGACGGUGGAGCUGAUCGUCUGCUGGUGGUGGAGCAGAGGGGCGUGGUCUGGAGGAUGGCGGUGGAUGGCACCAAGGUGGAUACCUUCAUGGAUAUACGGGACAGGGUAUCCACAUCCGACCAGAUCGGUGAGAACAGAGGGUUGCUGGGGGUCGUGGUGGACCCCGCCUUCACGGAUAACAGAAAGGUGUACGCCUUCUAUAUCAGGAAGGUAGAGGGUAGAGACUACACCUACAUCAGCAACUUCCGGGCUGACAACGGCAGGGUCGACGCCGGAAGUGAACUCUUCUACAUCCGGAUAUUCCAGCCUUACACUUCCGGUAAUGGCGGACCCAUAUUCUUUGGUGACGACGGCUACCUGUAUCUGGUCACGGGGGACGGGGGGGAGCACGACGACCCCAAGGGAAACGCCCAGAACAAGAAUUCUUUCCACGGGAAGGUUCUCCGGAUUGACGUGAACGACGGUCAGGACUUCACGGAGGGGGAGUCAAGCGUGGCCAAGUUGUACGGCGUCCCCAGCAGCAACCCCUUCUACAACUACACCAUCGCCAGACCGGAGAUCUUCGCCAUCGGCUUCAGGAAUGUGUGGGGGUGUAGUCAGGAUUCGGUGCUGAGGACGGGGGGUACUGGUCGGAUCUUCUGCGCAGAAACUGGCACGAACAAAUAUGACGAAAUCAACCUCAUCCAAAGUGGCAGGAACUACGGCUGGAACAUCCGGCAGGGAUCUGAGUGUCACAUGACUAACCCGGCAGAGUGCAGUCCCCUCGAGAACGAAGAGUUCCCCAUCUACCAGCUCCCACACAACACCUCCCACGCUCUGGUGGGUGGGUACGUGUACAGGGGCAGACAAUUCGCUCACGUCACCGGCCUCUACACCUUCGCUGACGUCAUCACGGGUAAAAUCUAUUUGCUGGAGGAAAACAGACAGGGGACGUGGGAGAAGAUCAACUGGCCUGCCUGUGAUUUGAACCAGUGUCCACUGGACGCUAGAGAAAAACCACCCAAACACAUCUUAGCCUUCAGCCAGGACCGACAAGGCGAACUAUACAUCCUAACGACCCAAACUUUUCAAGUUCACUCCAACACCGGCGCCAUGUACAAGUUGGUCUCACCUAGAAGCACCGGUGCGCCCCUGACGUCAUUACGAUGGUUCAUUUUUCUCUUCAUUCUCCUUAUCUUGUAGUACUAAUUCCUUUAGUUGUCUACCUCAAUAUUUUAAAGCAUCCUCGCUUCCAUGUGUCCAACCUUGUGACCUUUGAACUAAUUAUUUGCUCAAACCUCAAUACUUAACGGAGUUGGGUUUUUUUUUUGUUUUUUUUUUUUCACAAACGCUUUAAUUAAGAAAUUAUUUUUGUACAUAAUCGUGUUCAUGUUUUUCACAUCUUUUAAACGUUUUUCUGAUGUCUUCUGUGUGUAAAUAUGUUUUUCUGAUGUCUUGUGUGUGUAAAUGAGUUACUUGCUGCUCACA